AGGCUGUUUGUUCUUUGUUUGUAGCUUCUGCUUGGGGAUGUAAAUUGUGAGAAAGCUCAGAGAGGUUAUGUCGAGAAAGAACAGGCCCCAACGAGAGUCCACAAUGACAACAGAAAAUAUAAAAGAUGGAGUGAAACACCUUUUCUAAGAAUCCCUGGUCACAAUGGCAACUUUUACCAUGCACAGGAAGAUCACACCAUGGACCAUAAAUUACCACAAUUCCAAAGCCAAUAUCCCAGUAUUUCUGAAAUACAAAAUGCUAAGAGCCAAUUCAGCCACUUAAAACCUGGCUCAGCCUCAGUUACUCAAGAACGAAGUACUGUGGUGUACAACCGCUUUGGAAACAAAGCAUUCCCUUUCCCUAAUGGCAAGAACAUUCAUCAAGCAAACUCUGAUACUGCAUUACCUGCAGGUGGAUUUCAGGUUCCACCCCGUAUCUCUCAACCCAGAUUUAAGUCGAGGGCCUCCCUCUAUUCUCAUAGCAGUAACGUGAGUCCAAGGAUACAAGCCUUUAAGUCUAGUCUUAAACCCGAGUCAAAAAAGAUUCAUAUAAACCCCUCCAGACACAUUUUCCCCAAAAGCUUGAAUCCUGGCAGGACAACCUUGUUGCAAAGUGUUUUCAGACCCAUCGAUACAGGACACUCUCCUGGCAGCAAUUCAGCAGGAAAGGUUGAAACAUGGAUGUCUUUUCCAUCAUGGAGUCCCAGGGUCUCUAGCAGUGAGGGGAUAUCUGAAGCAAGAGGAUAUACCCAUGUGCGCCACCUCAAGCCUAGUGUUCCCAAAACACUGUCCCAAACCAGUUCUAAUGCAGGUAGAAAUGUCUUGGAAAGAACCUCUGUGAAAAGGAAUCCUGGCAGCCGGCGUCCUCCACCAACAGAUGAAGCACAAAUCGCUGCUCAUGGAGGCAAAUUUAAAUCUUUCCAAACACAUCCUAGAUAUGAUCUCCCUGCUCCCACCCCGUCAUCAGACAAUGAAACUGCUCCCAUUCAGACAUUUGCAGAGAUGACCCUCCCCCCUAGUUUGAACUCCACAGGUAUUACUUCAACAGUUGUUCCUCCAGUUACUGGAGAGUGGAGCACCAAGUCUGCUUCACCCAUGCCGACAGAGGGCCGAGAUGCAGAGUGUACACCUCAGGCAACGGUGACGGCCAGUCUGAAAUUAAAGCAGAAGUUGGAUCUUCCUUGGAACAAUACGUUGACAGUCUCUCCUCUAGAGCAGCAACCAGCAGACGAAGAAAAGAGCCCAGUGUUUUCUCAUAGUCUUCUAGAUGGAAAAGUCUCAUUUAAAUUGAAUAUAAAAUUAAUAACUUUUUUGCUUUAUUUCUGUUUUUUGUCUUUUCUUUACAUAAUGACUUUGCUAUAGUACACCAUCAAUCAUAAUUGAUCAGUUUGGCGGUAAGCUAAACAAUUUGAGUAACUUAUAGUUAUGACAUUUUAUUUAUGAUCUAACAAACUUAUUAACAUGCAAAAAGAUUUACUGUAAAGUCAUAUUUUUCAUAUUAUUGUAGUAAAGCUGCCUAUUUAUAACUUAGCCAAUAUGAAGUAGUGUGAAAUAUUUGAACAGUUUUUCUGUCUGCACUAUUGUCAUCAAAUUGUGCAUAACUGUAUCUACGUUUCCCCCCAGAAUCAGGCUGACAUUAUUUGGAAACUUUGUAAUCUUUACUAAACAUUUUAAAUAAGAUUUUUUUAAUACUGUAUGUUUGGCUGCACAUCACUUUGAUUGGUGGUGACUUAACCACCGUGGGCCAGCGGGGUUAAGAAGGUUAAACCGUUGUCUAAGUGUUAAACUGUUGUAAAAGGUUUAUAAGUUAUUAAGAUCUUCCAUCAAAACUACAAAGUACCUGAAGCUAGCUAAAUGUAUAACCAGCAUUCUCUUAAGAAACCGUACAUUUUCUUUAUCAAACUAUUCCUUUACCAGCAGUCCUAUUACACAGAGGACGUUCCUAUUAUUGCCAUUAGUAUAAUCAUAAGUAUUGAUAAUUCUAAAUGAAUAGUCAUAAAUUAAACUUUGAGGACAUCUUGUGGUUUUCACCUGGAAGUGCAUGUGCUUCUGACUCUGCCCGGCCCCUUCUUUACGUCACCUAACGUCACCAGGAAGUCCACAGAAACCAAGGCGGCGACAUGGCAGAAUACAGAGACCCACACUGUGAUGGAGCUGCUGACGAGAUGCCCGAGCUCUCUGACGAUGAGGACAUUGAGGAUGAUGGAGAGCAGUGGAUGGAGGAGGAGGAGGACAGUCAGCCAGUUAAAGUUACCUGUCUGUUCUGUGACAUGUUGCUGAGCUCUGUGACUGCCACCCUGCAGCACUGCACAGCUGAGCACCAGGUCAAUCUUGUCGACGUGAUAAGAAAACACAGUUUAGAUGACUACGGUUACAUAAAGAUGAUCAACUACAUACGGUCAACAAAAAGUGACGCAUCCUGCCUGACGGGGCUGCCAGACACUCCCUUACCCUGGGAGAGCGAAGACUUCCUGCGACCUGUCCUACAGGACGACCCCCUGCUGCAGAUAGACCCUGAGGAGCUCUGUGAGGGUUCGUGCCUGCCGUCUGGGGCCGAGUCCCAUGAUGCAGUGCAGCGGAGGGAACAGGCCGUUGAGGAGAGAGUCCGUAGGUCAGAGGAGGCGCUUGCCAGAUCCGUGGAUGACCUGCACAAACUCCAGCUGCUGGUUCAGGGUUUGGUGAUGAACGCAGAAACCAGCAGAUCUGGAAACCUGGGCACUGUGGCCGAGCUCAAAGAGGACGAGGACGAGGCCUACUUCAGCUCCUACGGCCAUUAUAGUAUCCACGAGGAGAUGCUGAAGGAUAAAGUGCGCACGGAGAGUUACCGCGACUUCAUGUACCGCAACCCUGAAGUGUUCAGAGACAAGGUGGUGCUCGAUGUGGGCUGUGGGACUGGCAUACUGUCCAUGUUCGCUGCCAGAGCUGGAGCCAAGAAGGUCAUAGCAGUCGACCAAUCAGAAAUCAUCUAUCAGGCCAUGGACAUAGUCAGGUCCAACCAGCUGGAGGACAAGAUCACUCUGAUCAAAGGGCGCAUAGAAGACAUCAAGCUCCCUGUGGAGAAGGUGGACAUCAUCAUCUCAGAAUGGAUGGGUUACUUCUUGCUGUUUGAGUCCAUGCUGGACUCUAUCCUGUAUGCCAGAGAUCUCUACCUGGCUGACGGUGGAUCAGUCUAUCCAGACCUUUGUAACAUCAGCCUGGCAGUAGUUGGAGACACACAGAAGCACCAAGAACGCAUUGCAUUCUGGGAUGACGUGUAUGGCUUCAACAUGGCAUGCAUGAAGAAGGCUGUGGUGCCCGAGGCUUCGGUGGAAGUGGUGAACGAAGACACACUCAUCUGCGAACCUACCGUUAUACAGACGAUUGACUGUAACAACGUGUGUCUGUCUGAGCUGGAGUUUGCAUCAGAUUUCUGCUUGAAGAUAACAAAAACCUCAGACUGCACGGCAAUUGUCGGCUACUUUGACAUUUUCUUUGACAAAGGCUGCAGCAACAAGGUGAUGUUCUCCACGGGUCCUCAGGUCACAAACACGCACUGGAAACAGACGGUUUUCCUACUUGAGAAGCCUUUCUCUGUCCAAGCAGGAGAGGAGCUCCAGGGAAAGAUCACCGUGCGUAAAAACAAGAAGGACCCUCGCUCCCUGUUUGUCACCUUUGAACUCCGAGACAGGAAGCUGACUUACAACCUGCAAUAACGUCAGCCAUCGCAUGGUACAACAUCCAACAAAUGUAGCCCAAUUUUUAACUGACCAUUCAUGUAAUCAGGAUUGUUUCUGUGCCUUGUAAUAAAAACCAUAACCUAUGA